AUGAUCGUGAAUCCUCCUUUCCAGGGGAGUAAUGAUAUCAAAUCCUUGCCAUCAAUGGAACUGCAAAGUUGGUGCAUGGCUCACACAAAAAGAGCCCAGUUUUUCAAGCUCAUUCCAAUAUCACUCUUUGAUCUUGUGGACAAGUGCCUGACAGUAAACCCAAGGCUGAGGAUCGGCGCAGAGGAAGCUGUGAGGCAUGAAUUCUUUGCCUCGUGCCUUGAGAGCUUGAGGAGGCAGAAGAUGUUCAGGCGUGAGGUUAUGAGUACCCAGAAUGAUCUUCUUGUACAUGAAGUAAAGUGUAAUGUAGUUUUGAUCAACAUAUUUGAACAAUGA